CUGUGGUACGCGCCGUGCGGUGGGAAACCUGACAAGCCGCAUGGCUGCGGGUUGUUCGGAGACUCCUCGGCCAAAGGCGGCCUCUCAGGGGCCUGUAGUGACACCGGCAGGCGAGCUCCCUUGCCUAGAGCUGCCGACCUACGCUGCCGCUUGUGCGUUAGUGAGCAACCGCUACUCCUGCCUUGUGGCCGGGCCGCACCGCAGGCACAUCGCGCUUUCGCCGCGGUACCUUAACAGGAAACGCACCGGCAUCCGGGAGCAGCUGGAUGCGGAGCUUCUACGCUAUUCUGAGAGUCUUUUAGGUGUCCCCAUUGCAUAUGAUAACAUCAAAGUAGUGGGUGAACUGGGAGAUAUUUAUGAUGAUCAAGGACAUAUUCAUCUUAACAUUGAAGCCGAUUUUGUUAUUUUUUGCCCUGAACCAGGGCAAAAGCUUGUGGGUACAGUUAAUAAAGUAUCUUCCAGCCACAUUGGCUGUUUAGUACAUGGGUGUUUCAAUGCCUCCAUUCCUAAACCUGAGCAGAUGUCUGAUGAACAUUGGCAAACCCUGGAGAUAAAUGUAGGUGAUCAAUUAGAAUUUGAAGUAUUUCGUUUGGAUUCAGAUGCUGCUGGAGUAUUCUGCAUUCGGGGAAAACUGAAUAUCACUAGUUUACAAUCCAAGUGCUCUGCAGUUUCUGAAGAAGUAACGGAAAAUAGAACUGAAGAAGCCGUUGAAAAACCUCUGAAGAAGAAAAAGAAGAAGAAAAAGAAAGACUCAGAACAGUGGGAAGUAGAAGGUGGUGGCACAGAGCUGGCAGAUUUGGCAGAUGACACCAUGAGAGAAGAGACAGACCUGCAAGUUAAUAAUAAUGUGAAUGACCUCAGGGAGGAGAACCCAAAGAAGAAGAAAAAGAAGAAAAGGCACCAGGAAGAACAGGAUCCGGAUCCUGUUUUCCAAGGCAGUGACUCUAGUGGUUAUCAAAGUGACCAUAAAAAGAAAAAAAAGAAAAGGAAACACAGUGAGGAGGCUGAGUUUACACUUUUGCAACAUUCAUCUAAAAAGAAAAGGGAAAAGUAAUUUUCUUCUGUGCUUUUUAAAUGAUUCAGUUUUUUAAAAAAUCACAAACUGAAGACAGAUGAAUAAAUAUUUUCAAAGAUAUGAAAUGUUUGUGUAUCUAGUAAUUUGCAAAAAGAACUAACAUGCAGUUCAGAGUGGAGGUUUUUGUAUGUUAAAAUUAUUAAAGUGAUAAUUGGUAAUACUAGUAUCAUUAAAGGGCCAUUUUGUUAUAUACAGUAUAAAAAGCUAAGCAUUCUCUGCUCUUGUGUUCUCCCAGUUUUUUGCAUUCUAAAUCAGACUAUUUCUACAACCUCAAGACUAGCAAAAGAACUUUGUUAUUCAUAUUAAUGAAUGAGAUUGAAUUUGGGUUUUUGUCUUUUUUUUUUUUUUUUUUUAAAUAUUGUCCCUCUCCCUACCAUUAGUCAUGAUAUUACAUGACAUUUUAUUGUGGUAUAUUUUUUAAUCAAGACAUUUACCGGCUUUUCUUUAUCAUUUCUUCUACUGUAGUACUCUUCUGAAGUCUCCAGAUCUCUUAAGAAUCAUGCCACUACUGACUAUACUUAGGGAACAGUAUUCACUUUCCCGCCUUCCGGUGCAUGUGUAUUGUUUUUUUCCUUUAAAUCUAAAGAAAUUGCUAGGUCUUUUUCUUUUAUACUGUUCAGUUGUGUCUCAGUUAUUCUGCCUUUAUUGUAUGUUUGAGGAGGAGACUGAUGAAGAUAGUGUAAAUGUGAUUGUGAAUGGUGAGAAAUUUCAACAGUUUUUAAUAAUUGGCCUUAGGCUACCAGAAAUUGUUCUUAAGGAAGAAAAUAACUUUCACUGCUUUCAUUGAGGAAAUAAGAAGUAUAUGUUAUCUAACUGGAAAAGAAUGAAAUGACAAGUUGGUUCAUGGCUAUAUGUACUUAUUUACCAUGUAAUGUGAUGACCUGCCAAACUAUCAGAUUCAGUAAGGUCCAGUGACAGAAUGGCAAGCAAGGGACACGUAGUUCCUUCCUUCAGGGAAUGUCAUAAGAGAACCAGGUUGACUCACACACAAUAUAGGCAAAAAAAUAGAAAAUUUGUGAUGCUAUAAAUCAAAAGAAAUUGUUUACUCAGUGUUAGUUGUAUCCAUAUCUAAAUGACUGAAUGGCUGAAUUGAGCCCUCAUGCCACCCAUUUUUCUUGCUCAUUUAUCUAGUAUCAGACACAGUACAGUUUCACAUUGCAAUGAUAAAAUGUAGUUUGGAACAUUGUAGGCUGAUUUUUUUACUUUUGUCAUGUGAAUUAAUACACAAAUUAAUUUUUAGUGAAACUAUUCUAAAUCUCCCUUUCAUAAAUAACAAGAACAGUAUGUUUAUGCCACUAAUGGAAAGAUACAUAUAGUUUAGUAAAAUAACUAUCCCCACAUUAUUUGUAUUUUGCUUCAAUUUGUGCUCUGUCAGUCAUACUGCAUUUUAAAAUGCUUGUACUAUUGAAGAAAAAAACAUAGAUUUGGCCAUGCUUCUUUAUAAUUUGAGUAGCUCUGAAAAGGUCAUUUGCCAUGCUCUAUUUGCCUUGCUCAGGAUAUAGUAACUUUUUAUCUGGGAGAAAAGCCUCUUAUGUUGGUAUCAUACCUCCAUAUGUUCUUCCAUACAUUUGCUGGAUGCACACCUUGUGACCAAGGAGAAGGGAAGGAAGUGUUAGGUUGUAGGUGAAGAGGUUAUCAGAGACCUCAGAAAUUUCUAAUACAGAAAUUCUCAGAUACUGCCUUCUAUAGAAAAUUUUUCUAGACUAAAGUGAGCUAAAAUUGCAUAUAUUGCAUUCAUAAUCAUUGUGUGUGUGUUUUUUUUUACAUAUAGCAUACUAUAUUAUGGUUCAAAUAGUUAAAUAGUUCCAUCUGUUUAUAAAACUUGUCUCUUGAUAAAUUUGUCUUUACCAAAUGUUUCCCGAGGGCCAGGGUGAUGUCCUAACUGUAUCUACAAUGUUUAGCAGUGAAAAUAUCAACAGGUUAUUUUUUUUAUUAUUAUUAAGAUUUGUUUAUGCAUACAGAACUGGGGUACAGGCUAGAGGUAC